UCGUCUGCUACUUCGACCGGAGCUAGUUCAUCUGAACAAGAAUAUCAAUGUAUUACCCCCACGGCACUGGAACCACACUGGAAUAAACUUCUACAGUACUGGAAAAAGUUUACCAGUUCAUUUCGAAGAAAAGGGUUUUCGAAUAUGAAUUUGAUAUUUUGUGGUCAGAAUGGGGAACGAGUCAAGAUUAAAUGUAGGCCUAGGCCCAGUGAUCAGAAUGAGGAACAAGUCAAGAGUCAAUUUAGGAGUGUAAAACCUACAAUCAUGGUCCUUUUGAAUAAAAAAAAAUACGAGGAAAUAGUGUUUCGGGUGGAUGAGAUCAACAAACGUACUCUGGGGCGACUGAUAAUUUCACUGUGUGGAAACGAAGGCGCCGAAGAAACUACUGAACAGACCGGACUAAGACGACUUCUGCAAGCAUUCAUCACCAAGAUAGAGGACAAACCCAUUACAGGUUUCAACAACAUUAAGCUUUCUCUAUAUGGCAAAGACUCCAUGUCUUUCCACAUCCUAGCUGGAAAGUCUCAUCACCCAAAACUAAUUGUGGGAUAUGUUGAUUCCAAAGGAGAUUUCCACAUAAAUGAGAAACAAACAAGUUAUUGUACGAUUUCGUAAUACCUUGUAUAA